GCGUAAUUUCCGUUGUCAAGUGCGCAGCGAUGGAGAGCCGGGCUUGAUGGUCGGAGGAGGCCUGCCUGUCUCUCUUUCCGUGCAUAGCGCUGGGCAUGAGUCCGGUGUGAGGUGGAGCGAGUGCUGCGUAUCAGAUAGAGGAUGAAGAGAAGAGCAUCUGAAAGGGAUUCUGGGGAGACAUCUGCCAGAUCCAAGGCUCUUUGCAGCAGUAUCUCUGGAAGUAAUGCCAAGAGGGCCGGACCAUUCAUUCUAGGUCCAAGAUUGGGCAACUCUCCUGUGCCCAGCAUUGUGCAGUGCUUAGCACGGAAGGAUGGCACGGAUGACUUCUAUCAGCUUAAGAUAUUGAGUUUGGAAGAACGACCAGACAAGAUGGGAGAGACUCAGGAGGAGAGACAAGGCAAAAUGUUGUUACAUACUGAAUAUUCCCUGUUAUCUCUGUUGCACAAUCAAGAUGGAGUGGUCCAUCAUCAUGGCCUCUUCCAGGAUCGAACAUGUGAAAUUGCUGAAGACAUGGAUGCCAACAAGUUAGUAAGGAAGAUGCGGAAGCGCAUAUGCCUUGUCCUGGAUUGCCUCUGUGCCCACGAUUAUAGCGACAAGACUGCGGACUUAAUCAAUUUACAGCAUUACGUUAUUAAGGAGAAGCGGCUGGGGGAGAGAGAGACUGUGGUCAUAUUCUACGAUGUUGUCCGGGUAGUGGAAGCGUUACACAAGAAGAACAUUGUGCACAGAGACUUAAAGCUGGGUAACAUGGUGCUUAACAAGAGGACACAUAGAAUAACCAUCACCAACUUUUGCCUAGGGAAACACUUGGUGAGUGAAGACGACCUAUUGAAGGAUCAGAGAGGAAGUCCGGCUUAUAUCAGUCCUGAUGUACUUAGUGGUCGUCCAUACCGUGGCAAGCCAAGCGACAUGUGGGCACUUGGAGUGGUCCUUUUUACUAUGUUAUAUGGCCAGUUCCCAUUCUAUGACAGCAUACCUCAGGAACUCUUUCGCAAAAUUAAGGCAGCAGAAUAUUCUAUUCCAGAAGAUGGCAGGGUGUCGGAGAACACAGUGUGCCUCAUUAGAAAGUUGCUGGUUUUGGACCCACAACAGCGUUUGACUGCCUCAGAAGUUUUAGAGUCUCUUGGAGGCAUCAUAUCCUCAUGGCAAUCCAUGUCCUCUUUGAGUGGCCCUCUACAAGUUGUGCCUGACAUUGAUCAUGUCACCAGUCCAGAGAACUCACAAGAGGCAAAGGUGACGGAGGAGUCUUCACAGUAUGAGUUUGAAAACUACAUGCGACAACAGCUUAUUUUGGCUGAAGAGAAGAACACAAUUCAUGAAGCCAAAAACUUUCCUCAAAAACGUCAUUUUGGCAAUUUCCCCCCUAUUAGAAGAUUGGGAUAUGAUGCUCAGCCAAUGAGCCCUUUGGACGCUGCAAUUUUGGCCCAGCGAUACCUUCCUCCGCCGCACCUGUCUCUUCCAAAUUCUCACUAACCACUUUUUUUUUUCUCUGUUUGAGUCGCAAGUUAAUUUUUUGUUUUUCCCAAAAGAAAAUGAAAGUGGCUAAAUCCGUUCCGUCGUGAAAGGCCACUUGGUGCUAACCCCCUUCCCUUUUGCUCCUUUCUGUUCAGUUUGAAAAAGAACAUUGCACAUACGUCCUGUUAUUAUUCCCUCCCCAUAAUCUGAUAGCAAUACACUUUCCAGCACAAGAAAUAUCUACCAAUGUAGCAAUCUUCUGUUUGACAGGGUUUCUUUCUAGGGUGUUCUCGGCUGCAUACGCAGCAGGCACUGCAGCAUUAAGUGUCAGUCAUUUCUCCCCACCACAUCCUACCAUCUUAUGGAUUCUUUUGCAAUCAGCCUUUUUUAUAUAUGCAUAUAUAUAGAUCUAUACAUAGACAUUAAAUCUACCUCUUCUUUAUUUUUUAUUUUUUUUUCAGUAGGGUUCUACAAAGUUAAGAAAUGCAGCAUUAGGAGGAGCCCACUGUGGAACAGAUUUGUCUUUUAGUUGCUAUUUGUUCAUAAAGUCAGCCCCCAUCUAAAUAAGGGGGUGGUAUAAUCUAGAUAUUAUGUGUACAUAUAUAAAUAUAUAUAUCCUUAUAUAGAGGUAUAUAUUUGAUAUUGAAUAUCCGCUGGAUUGCAAUAUCCUUGUAGAAAGAAUAAGCUGUGUUAUAACCAUCAGGCUUAUAACGUCUCAUAUCCUGUAUGCCUGCGAGCAGACAUAUGCUUUUAUUUUUUAGUUGUAUUCCCUUUGGAUUUUCAUAUUUAUUAAAAUGUGUGUGUUUUUUUUGCAUAUAUGCUGCAGUUCCAUGGUAAAGCUUAGUAGGAUUUUUUUUUUCCUGCAUGCUUGCCUUUCGUCUCAGACUAAAUAGAUAGAGGCAGGUAGAUUUGUCCUGCAUGGAAUACAGACUCCAUGUUUUGGAAUGAUUAUCCAGAAGAUUCCAUAGAAACAAUAGUUUCUGCUCCAUGAUCUUGUCAAACAUAAAUGUGACACAGAAAUGUGUGCCAAAAAGAUAUCAGAUCCUUCCCAAAACACAGUAAUUAGUUGAAGCAGUUUUGUACCUAUGACACUGUCUGACCUGUUACAUGUGCACUUGGCAGCUGAAGGCAUCUGUGUUGGUCCCGUGUUCAUAUGUGUCCGCAUUGCUGAGAAAUGUGUUUUAAUAUCUGCAAACGAGCCUCUAGGAGCAACGGGGGCGUUGUCCUUACUCCCCUCUCCACUUUGACCGACCCUGUCAAUCAAAGUGCAGAGAGAGCAGAGCCCUUAGGAGUAAUGGCAUCUCGACUGUUGGUCCUAGAGGCUCAUUUGCACAUCAUUUUUCUCAGUGCAGGCGCAUAUGAACAUGGGACCGACCCAGAUGCCUUCAGUUUCCUAGCACACAUGUAACAGGUCAGCCAGUUUCAUAGGUACAAAUCUGCUGACCAUUGCCCUUUUAAAGGUUUUUUUCUGGACUUUGAUAAGGCAAUCGGUGUCAAAUUGGUGAGGCUCUGAUUUUCAGCACCCCCAUCAGUCAGCUGGUUGAUGGAUGUCCCAUCAUUGUUUACCAUGCCCAGCUCUGUAGACUUUGUAGUAGCUGAGCUGCAUUACUAGAUACCACCACUAUAAAAUCUACGGAGCCGUGCCUGGUAAACAGUGGCGAUGUAGCUCUUACCUGAGCCUUAAUGCUGAUUCACUCUUCUGUGCUCAGUCCAGGAAACACAGUCCAUGUGACGCCGCAUCUCCCGGGUUGAGCUCUGCUUCCCUGACCCAAACUGGCUGCAUCUCGGUGUUCUACAAUAGUCAGUUCCUAUCUGAUCGCGAGUCUGUUGUACUGUGCUCACAUGAUAAGGAAGUGACACUGAUGCAGUCAGUUUGGGUCAGGGGAGCCGUGGACGGUCUGGGAGAUUCGUCGUCACAUGGACCAUGUUUCUUGGACUGGGCACAGUGGUGUGAAUCGGCACUUACAGUCCAUAAAAUCAGCUAAUCUCUGGGUGUGCUGUAAAACCUCUUUGUCACUAAGAUAAUGCCUGGUGUUCUAGACUAAUAUGUGUUUAGCAAAUUUCUAAGUGCUCUUUAUUUUUCUUACCAAAAUUGCUGCAGUUUUCUUUUGAUUUUAUGGUGCCACAUCAAUUUGGCUUUUCUGGCACUUUAAUAUUCAUGACCUCUCCUCGGGGUAGGCAUCAAUAUCUGAUUUGUGGGACUCCCACCACCCUGCACCCCCACCAAUAAAAUGUUGUCCAGUAGCACCAGGGCUGGAAGUCUGUGCCGUACUGACACCGCUCUGCGCGUUUCUAGUGAAUAGAACUGGUUUACUACAGCGCUGCUCCAAUUCACUUCAAUGGCUUCUACAGCUGAUCAUUGGGGAUGCGGGGUGUUGGAACUAAUAAUGGUCUAUCCUGAGGGUCGGCCAUCAGUAGUAAAGUAUGUAAAACAACCCCUUUAAUCACUGACCAUUAGUUGUAAAACUAUAUAUACUGACUUAGACGUUGGCCCUUGACCGCUAACCUGAGGAACAGUUUGUGUUCACAGGUGUUUGUCUAUGGGCACAGAAUAUGUUUACUAUCCUCUGGAGAUCCCUUCUAGUUAUUGCAAAUUAAAAAUGGAGGCCCAAUGUCUGUCUCUCCUGACACAUGCUUUAAUAUUUAUUUCCAUUCCCUCCUAAAAUCACAAUUCUGCAGCAUCUUUUCUUAAAACUCUACAAGUUUGUCUAAAAGAAAAACUUUGUUACCUGUUGCCCCCAGUCACCGAGCAACGCAACGUUCCUUUUUCAAGCUCAGAAUAUGGAAUAAAAGCUGAGCAGUGAUUGCUUGGUAUAGGAAACAAAGACAGGUGUGUUUUUUGUUUUGUUUAUUUUUUCUUCCCCCAAAAGACUAUUUCCCUUAUAUCCCCCCGCCUCCCCCCCCCCCCUCCCCAAGGGCUCGGCCAAACAGGAUGUAUAUUGGUGUGGAAAAUCCACAACCAUUCUACACGAGUUGUGGAGAUUUGGCUUGCAGUGAAAUUCCCCCUUUACAUUUUAAGUGUCCACCACAGGUCAAGUUGUGCAGUUUUGGUUAGGUAAAAUUCAUAGCUGAUCUGCUACGUGUGGAUGUAUCCCAAGUUGCGUGGUUUCUUUUGUUAUUCCUCCUUUUUUAAAGGUUUUCAGUUACUUUGAACCUGGUUUGAAGCCAUGAUUCACUGUUUUAGUAGUUCCUAUGAUAAGAUGCCUUUUUAGUGUUUGUUUUACCUUAGCUUUCUCGAAUAUCUCCCUACUGACAAUGGAAACCACACACUUUUUUGUUUGGCUUGUCAUGUUCUGUCAUGCAGGCUUUAGUUUCUUAAUGCUGACUAUGAGGGACAUUGUUGGGGACAAGUGAGAGGGUAAGAACGAGGUAGCAGAUUCAAGAAAAUCUUUCUCAUGUAUGCGGCCAUCAAUAUCUCUAUAUAUAAUGUCCCAGCACCCCAUUGAUUAGCUGUGGAAUUAUGUGGCUCCGUCUAUUGUGUAGUGGACGGAGCUGGAUACCGUAGCACUGCAGUAACCAGCCCCAUGGAUAAAGCGGUGUAGUUUUGGCGACAAAGCUACCCCAAAUCAGCACAUUGAUGGGGUGCAAGGUUGGACCUCCGCUGAUCAGAUAUUGAUGGCCUAUGCUGAGGUUAGGCCAUCACUGGUAAAAUUGAGAAUGUGAGAAUAAAUCACGCCAACUUUUUAUGUAACCAUAAAUCUACAUAGAACCCAGCACCUGACAAUGAAAUAUAACUUUAACUACUACUAGUUAAAACUCCUUGAUGUCCUCACGCUUACGUGUUUUGCGCAUGUCGCACCUUCAUCUAGCCAGGGAUUCAACAUCUAUAUGUGCCUGAUUGUGGGCCAGCUGUGAUUUUAUUUCAUUUUCUUUUCUUCUUCCUAUUCCACAGAAAGCAGUAUAGAAAUGUCCAUUCCUCCUAAAACAAAUUGUCAUCGGCGGACUACUUCUGCACUGCUUUAUUCCCAUAUGCUAAAAUGGAAAUCUGCAUAUGAUAAUAUUUGCUGACAAAUGUGUAUUUGUGGACUUUAUGAACCUGAAUCAAGGAGGGAAAAUUUACCUCAUGUUUUGCUCAUUUUUCACAAUCUUUUGUUGUAUUGGUUGAUUUUCAAGUUCAACCACAGAAUGCGGAGGUUAAAAAGCAGAAAAUAAGUUUAUCCUUGACUGAGCCAUUGCUAAUGCCAUUUUCUUGCCACACAUUCUCUGUCCCAGACGUGCUUUCAUGUUCCUGUCACUCUGCAUAUGUGACUUGACAGUGGCACAAGAGUGCUAGGUCUUUCCCGACUGUCUCAGACUAUGAAUUCUGUAUAUUACAUUCAUGUACAUUUUUUUUUCAGUCAUGUCUAACAUUUCAUUGUGUGUAUGUCUCUUGCUUAGUAGUAUACUGGGGUCAUGCAAACAUGCCCCUAUGGGUAGCUAAGGGUUAUUUUAAUUUUUUAUUUUUUUUGUGAGCAUUAAUUAUUUUGUAUUAUGUUACCACGGAAAAUAGUCCAGUUCAGUCACUACAUUUGUUGAGAUUCCAAAGCAAUAUCUCUUGAGUAGGCACCUUCUGAAUGUUGCUUGUAAUAGCAUGAUAUCGAGGUCACUGCGACAUUGGCGUCAGUGGAUAAGCCAUUUUUUUAGAUGCAGUGUUCAUCUACUUAAAGGGGGCGUCCAGGUUCUUAUUAAAGCCUCCCCAAAGACCUUAGAUGUGGAAGAACAUAAACUCCCCUCUGGUCUUUGUUUACAAGCUGCAGUGGUCACAGCUAUAUACAGAACAUGACCACUGCAGCCAAUCACUGGCUUCAGCUGUCUUGUGCCGUAUACUGCUGAGCUCAGUGAUUGACCGCAGUGGUCGCGUGCUGUUUACUUUGCAUUCACAUGGUCAUAUGUAUUUUACGGUCGGUGGAUCUGCAAUGUAUGGAUGUAGUCUGUGUAGUGUCUGCGUUUCGUUGCGAACCUAUUGACUUCAAUGGGACCACAGUCCGCGUUUUGCAGCAAAGUAGAAGACAUUUUUUUAUCUUUUGCGGAACGGAGGUGACGAUGCGAACAGAUAGCAGAAAACAUCCGUGUGCUUUACACAUCUGUAUGUCUGUUCCGCAAUAGAUAGAACGUAUCCAAUUCUUGACCGCAAAUGCGGACUUCGGCACCAUUUUACUUAAGUACAAAAAAAUGCAGAUGUCACAUGGAUGGUAUGCGUGUUUUGCAGACCGUAAAAUACACACAGUCGUGUGAAUGCACCCUUACAGCUAUGUUGCAGCUGCAGCCUGUAAACACAGACUGCAGUGGCAUCACUGGAAGCGGAGAAGGAUUAUGGUGAGUGCAUGAUCUUUUAUUAUUUGAAAACCUUUGGGGAGGUUUUAUUGUUGACGGACAACCCCUGUAAUAUCUUGCCUAAAUCAUUGUCUGUAGAUUGCGCUUAAUGGGUUAAAAACUCCAAUACUGGCCCGCAAAGUAUGAAAAUGAUACUGGAACCAUGACUGUUUGGGUCUGGAGCAUAUGAUAGAUCAUGAAUCUGCAUCUCUGUACAGUAAUAUUUUUGUAUGUUUGUUUUUUUUUCUUUUCAGGAUUUGUUUGGUUUGUCAUGUAUUCAGCAAUACUGGCAAGCGAUUGCAUUAAACCUUUAAUAUGUAAGGAUAUGUACAGUGUUCAGAGUAUAAUUAUUCAAAGAAAAAGGCACGCCACCAUUGUUAAAAAGUGACCCUGUAUUUUUAUGGCUUGCAUGUCUACUUCAGCCUAUGUACAAUAUAAUGACCUUGACCAUAGUCCCUAUACCGGUAUAUAGUUUUAUGUGGGAAGAUUUGCAAUACAAUAUCCCUUGAAAUGUUCUUUUAUGUGCUUAUUUUUCUUGUCUGUGGAAUUAAGCUAAAAGCUAUCGUUUGUCUGCAAAUGCAACCUACCAGGCAAUGGCUUCUGAGGUGUUCAUUAUAUGUCCUAAGAAAACUAUAGCUAAAAUAGAAGUUUGUAUGGCUUUGAAAUUGUUAGACCUUGUUUUACUACUGGCAUUAGAAAGAAAGGCGCUUAUAUUCACGCUGCACCAUUUGUACUUUAGAUCACUGUGUAAAAGGCGUCCAUCUUCAGUUUUGUUACCUAAAGAAAAGUUGCACCCAAUGAAAGUGCCUAUUUGUGGACACCAUUAUAGUUGUCUCUUCCCUUCCAUCAUGGAGGAUUGGGAAUAGUAUCGGGGAACAUAGAUCUUAGACUGGAUGUUGAAGUUUUGCUGAAAUGCUUCAUGGUCCUGAAUUUUUUGCCAUGUAUGAGAAGGGUUUUUGUUGCCCUUUGUAAUCAUACGAAUAUUGUCACAGAUUACAUGCAUUUUUUUUUUUUGUUCAAUAUAGCUUUUUCAUAUAAAUUUAAUUUCUAUUGUACUCAGUUCCCUGAAUGCAGCCAACAAUAUAGCAAAGUACACAAAUGGUGCAUAAGGUUAAUAGUAGCUUCUUUCCUUCAUAAUUAGAUCAUGCUAAAAGUUUAGCCCCCAUAAAAGUUAACAAAAAAUCUGCUUGUAAAUAAACCAGACAAAACCUCAAACCCCUAUAGUGCAGCCAUGUGGUUUGUCAACCCAGGGAAGGUAUAGGUAGAACCAUGACCCUGCACUUGUGUUUUCUGUCUAGCAUUGGGUUACUCCUACUUGCUCUAUGACCUAUGGAGUAGACAGGCAGACUUUUGUUACAAAGUGUCUGCUGUGCUAGUGGAUUUAAAAGAUCAGGAUAUUGAUGGCGUACCCUCAGGAGAUCAGUGGGGUUCUGAGUCUUAGCACUCCUGCUCAUCAGCUGUGGCCUCAUCAAGGUAUAAGGGUAAACAGCUGAUCGGUGGGUUGCUGAGUUGGACCACCACUGAUCUGCUAUUGAUGCUAUGGCAUAUCCCCAAGGGUAUGCCAUGACUGUCCUGAUCCUGAAAAAAACCUAGCUAACCAUAAACAGUAGAAGAACCAACUUCUUCCAAUGGUGAUCAGUAAGUAAAGAAUCCCUUUAGUUAAAGGGUAUUUCUUAUUAAAGUUUUUAAUUUUAUCUUUUUUUUUUUUCUGUACCACACCAUUGUUUCCAUAGACUUAGUAGACUUGAAGGAUAUAUUUUAGCGCUCAUCACUCUGGCCUAGUCAACACAUUUGACCAUUGGCUGAAGCUUUAGUAGAUGCAUGUUUUACCUCCCAUUUCUUGGGUUCUGUGUGUAUUAUGACAAAUGCAAACUGAGACCCAGAAAACCAUUUUGUUUCAUGACUUGAGAGAUCUGGAGACCCAUGUAUAGUGCUAAAUACAUGAUUGUACCAUAUUCUGGCUUGAACCAUUUAUACUGUAUAAGCUGAUGCAUAAAAUUGCUAAGUAACCACUGUUGAGAGGGCAUUACCAUAUCCUCACCAUUGAAAAUCUAUGACUUUGAUGGAAGACUUGAAUAAAUGAGAAGUAAAAAGAGAUCACAUGUCUAAUACAGACAAUAAUAUAGAAUGUCUGCUUUAAAAUGUAUUUUACAGUCCAGUGGAAAUGCUUAGUGUACCUUCCAUUUCAAUGAAAAAAACUAUGUAAUUGUAAAACUUUCUAUGUUACUGUUUUCAAUGUGGUUGAUAAGCCAUUUUUUUCUGGUAAAGAUACUGUAUAUUGCCACUGCAUAAACUGACUAUUUUUGUCAUUCGCUCUUGUCAAGAUUCCUAUAUUUUGGUAUUGAAGCCUUGCUUUACAGCUAUUCUUACAGUCAGUAGAUUGUUAGAGGGGUUGUCCCACUAAUUCUAAAACAUUUUAUUUUUUACUCAUCCUGGCAGAGAAUGCCGGGAAUUGGCCCAACAAUUGUCCAGACUAUUUUGCGCAUAUAUGCUGGGUAGCAGAUGGAUCUAUGCCAGGCCCCAUUAUAUUCAAAGACGUCUGGCGGGCAGACGGUAGUGUCUGGCAAUGCCGGAUCUGGAGAAUUCUAGCAGGACAGACCAGAACAGACUACCAGAGAAGACAGCUGCAGAUGUGAAACUAGCCUUAUCCGGAGGACUUUCUUCCCUUUUUGUGGGUGGGUACCAGCUCAUCAAGCAUCUGCAUCUCCCAGGAUGCAUUGUUAGCUGCUGUUAACCCCUUCCUCCCUUGCAUACAAAAUAAUCCCUGACAUAGUUCCAGAGAUACAUAUGGUGUGUAAUGCCCCCACAAUUUCUUUCUCGACUGAGAUAUAGGUACAUAUUUAGAAGUAGGGAUGAAUGAGUAGCAUAUGUUUGGCCACUAGAUUCUCUGAGAGCAUUACGCCAGCUGAGGGGAGGUGAAGGGAGCUGGGAAGCUACUAAGCAUGUUAGUCCACUUCUGAAUGCGAAAGAAGAUGGACUAGGAGGAUAAACAGCAGGGGGCGCAACCAAAGAAGAAAUUGUAAUGUACAUAAAAAAUAAAAAAAACUUAUACUAUUGUAAGUAAUUUGAAAUGCCCUGUUCAUUGCAUAGUAUUGCUUUUCCUGGGAUAACCCCUUUAACAGUUUAUGCAUAGCCUGCAGUACAAAGCCUUUUAUGGUGCAACUGCAAUAUCUUUCCUUAAAUUGAAUAAUGGCUGGUUAAUCAUGAAAAUCGACCUAGCAAGACCUAACUUAAAGCAGCUGUCUCCUAUCAGCAAAUGGCAUUCAUCAUUUGGAUAUAGUUAAUAUAAGGGACAUAUAAUGUAUAGAGAUUGUCCAUAUUGCCUUCUUUGUUGUUUUCCAGGGUUACUGCCACCACUGCAGUGCAGAUGCGGAUAUACUGCAGUCCCAGCAACCAGAGAAGUCGGCACAUUUUCCUAUAGUAUUCAAGCACAGCCAGCACUGCUGGAUUACAGGGUGGUCAGAACACCUGGAUACAAGCCGUGUAUAAUGUGAUGGAAAGUGAAUCGGGCCAGCAAAGGAAGCAAUAUGGACAAUCGCUAUAUAUUAGUAGGUGCCUUCUAUUAACUCGGUCUACAUGAUAAAAGCCGUUUGCUGAAGUGAAACAACCACUUUAACGCAACUUGUUGCACUUUUGAAAAGAUAUUUUUAUAUUUGAACAAAUAGAGAAUAUCUUUUGUGUGUCUUUUUGUUUUAGCUAUAGUUUUAGUUACUUGACUUCCAUUGUAAAUCAAAAGCUAGCUGGUGCCUAAAAUGUGCCAAGUUUAAAAAUGACUUGUUUGUUACCACCUUCUUUAUCAUAAAAUAAACUGGCACAAAUAUCGACAAA